UUUGUUUCUCCAUUUUCCACUCAACCCCUCGCGCCCUUCUCUCUCUCUUCCUCUUUUUCCUUACUCUCCUUUCUUUGUCAGCCCUUCAAGCAAGCAGUCUCUGAAGCUCAAACCUUCCACUACAAAAACACAGCGACAUAAAGACAUGGGUGCACAGGCAAGCAAGUCCUUUGAAGAAGCAGAAGGCGAUUCUUCCCAAACUCGGGCAAACGGCUCGAAACCAAUUCAAACGGCUCGCGUCCACGACUUGCAUCUGACGCCCGUCCGCAACGCUCUGCCGGCGUAUCUGGACCCGCGCUCCCCGCAAAACAGGAUCGACCAUGGCGCAAUGGCGCCGCGGACUCCGCUGGCGGGCAAAGUCUUCAUGGAACGCACUCACAACGCUUCCCCUUCCAUCCGCAUGCCCAAGCGCCAUCCGCGUGUCAGCGAGCUGUCGGGUCACGCACCAUACCAGGCGGCUCACAAGAAGGCCAGGACUUCGGGAGUUCCAGAGACAGAGAUUGCGUUCGACCCGCGAUCGCCGAGCCGCAUCAGCCGGACUCCGCUUCGCUCAACUGCCGCUCCAACAUUCGAUCCGAGGUCACCUCGCAUGGUGGCUCGCACCCCUCUCGCUCAUCAGCAGCAACAGAAGCACUACUCUGCAAUGAUGCAGACCGCGGCAAUGGUGCCGCAGCAAAUCUUGGUUCUCGAAGAGCCGUUGGACUCGUCGUUCGCCGCCCCUGCGCAAGACGAGCCCUGGGAGGAUGUCGAGGAGAGUGAAGAAGACGAAAACGCUACACCCGCCCAAGAGGUUGCAUCUGACGACUCGAACAAGGCCUUCCACGGCGCGUUCACUUCGCAAACCUCGAUCAAGUACGCGUCGGGCGCCCAUCGCCGCUUGCUGAUGCCAAGCGAGCGCAAUUCCAGCCGCAAUCCCUUUCCGUCUCCGAUGCGCAUGAACUCGCUGCCUGGGUUCAACACCCCCAUUUUGCGCAAGCAAAUGCUCGUUCGUCAGGCACAGCGCCGCGUGACUCCCGUCUCUGUCGUUCUUUCGGAAGACACUGCACAGGAGGAUUCCGACGCCGAGUGGCAGGAUGUUCCCGCUUCAGAGGCGGUCGAAACCCCUGCGACCGAGCUUGGCAACUCGCUCAAUGAAAGCAUGCUCGUCAUGGUCGACGCCAGCUCGCCUUCGCGGCAGAUCAGCGGGGCUUUCUCAACACCCAUGGACACAACCACAGGCAUGGACUUGGCCACCACCGUCGAUGACCUGAGUGGUGACGAGGAGGAGCAGGACGACGACAACAUGCCUUCUCCCAUUUCCAAGCCAAGCAAGCGCAAGAGCUCUCUGGACGCCUUUGACAUUCACGCCGAGCUGGACGCUGCGGUGAGCGCAAUGAAAAAGCAAGAGCUGUCGCGCCCCGUGUCUGUCGACUUGACGCUGACGGAAAAGCCCAACAAGCGCAAGUCUGCCCUUGCGCUCCCCAUGCUCGCCGACAUGUCUGUCAUGCAGGCUCGCGCGCCGACUCGCUUUAGCACACCUCAGCUCUCGCCUGCUCGUAAGCGCGCAUCUGCCGGCCCGCAAUGGCAAGCGAACAGCGCUGCUCGCCAGCCGCUAGGACUUGCCACGCAGAAUCAGACCGCUGGUGGCCUUUUCGGCGCCGUGGUCAACACCAAACACAUGCGGACACCCCCGUCCAAGCGUCAGUCACAGCUCUUCACAGGUGUCAAGGCUGGCGCUGAGAACGCCUUCUCGUUCAGCCCCGCCCAAAAGCGCCUGUUUUCCAGCGUUGCUCCUUCUCCUUUGCGUGACAGCGGGUAUGGCGGCAGCAUGGAGGCUUCUUCUGUGAUGUGAGCUGUCCUUCAUCUCGCGCAUGUCGUUCUUGUUGAUAAUUUUGGUCGAGUCGAUGCUACGUUCCCUUCUUCUGUUUUCUAUCUCGCCAUUUCUGUUGAAUAUCCCCCCACCCCUCCUGCAUCCUUCUGCAAUGCAAGCUUGCCUGCUGUGCAGAAGUUACUCUCGUUGUUGUUGUCGUUGGUGUUGUUGUUGUUGUUGUUGAUUGUUCGAAAUGCUCAAAAGUUCCCUCUUGAAAAUGCACUUCAAAACAACUUUCAU